GAAGUUGUCAAUUUUGACCCUUUAUUUUCUUGUCGACAUAUGACAUGACAUUAAUGGAGUCAAUGAAAAUAUGAAUUGUUUUUAUUCAGUUGUAAAUAUCUGCUUUUGAUCAUCUCGAAAAUGGCUGUCAGUUUACCAGAGUCGGCUGAUUUUGAGGGUUAUUUGGAGAAACAUGGAACAGGCACAGUGUCGAAAUUAUUAGGGAAACAAAAGAAGACAUGGUGUUUUUUACAGGAUGCUUGGUUAUAUUGUCACCAGAGUAAUAACAAGAGAUCAUCAGUUGUGAGUUCCAUAGAUUUAACAGAAGCUCAGAUGAUAAGAAAAAUAAAUUCAGAUAAAUCUGGCUUACAGUUUGAAAUAGUUACCAAAUUCAAGAAUAUCACUUUUACUGCUGGCACUACUAAUGAAUGCAAUGAAUGGAUAAAACAUUUACAGAAGGCUAUGACAUUUAAAGACAAUAUAAAUGUACCAACAACUGACAGGAAAUCUACUAACUUGCAUCAUUAUGAUGAAAUAGAUAUGAACCAAGGUCAUAAAAAUACUGUUCAACAUGCAUCAUCAUCAAGUGCCCAAUAUGAAGAUAUUGACAAAUUUCACACCUCUGUUAGUCCUAAAGCAGAUACCAGCAGUCAUUAUGCUUCCAUUGAUGAUGAUGAAGUUUUUACAUCUAAGAAUAAUGACAAAAGCCCUGUAUCAAAUGUAUGUGAAUAUUCUACAGUAAUUCCUAAAGAGCAAAGGAAAACGCCCUCCAAAGAUGACAUUUCUUCAUCUCAGAAGCCAACAGAAAAAUGUCCACUUGAUAGUUCUGCUGAAAAGAAAAACUCCAUUGAAAAUAAUAAUAUCAGAAAGGAUUCUCAGAAUGAAAAUCCUUCAGCCAAAAGGAAUAUUUCAGAAAGGCAAGAUCAAGACAAAACAGCAGUGAACUCUUCAAAGGGAGAUAAUGAAGUCAAUCUGGAGGCAGAAGAAGAAGAAUCAAUUGAUGAUGUACAUUCCAUGAUUCCAACAAACUUUCCAGAAUUGAAAGAGGAGCUGUAUUCAUUAAGCGAAAAUGAUAUGAAACCUAUUUCAGAUCUAAAAACCUUUCUACAUGAUAACAAUCUUAAUCUUGAUAAAAGACCUCUGACUCAAAUAUCUACAGCUAAAACUGAAAUAACAGAUCCUUUUGAAUCUCUGAAAGCAUACCUCAAAUCAUUAGAUCUUUGAUCAGUUUUUACAAUUUCAUUUUGACAUAAUUUCAUCGAAUUUGGGGCAAAUAAAGCCUAAAUUACACUCAUGCACUUAUAAUAAGAUGAUCUUUAGGGUGAAAGUUUGAGAUUACCCAGUAAAUAUACAGUAUCAGCAAUGACAUUCACUGUAAAAGAUCAUCAUUAUUUUGUUUUUCAUGUUCCAAACCGAUUGGAAAUUUCAAUGUUUCUGUCUUCUGUUCAUUAGGUGACCCCUCUUGCCAAUCAUGAUCUUAUGAAUAUGUUAUGAAUUUCAUGGUUUGGGCUAUGUAAUAUGUAAUCAAUCAAAUAACUUAAAUUUCCUUUCUGAGGUAUUCUGGGAUAUACAUCCUUAAAUUUUUACUUGUCUGUUGUCUGCUCACCUUAAUCAGACAUUUGAUUGGUUAGCUCAGUAGGACAAGUUUGGGAUAAAGUUUGAACAUGAUUUAAAGAAGAAUUGUGUCAGAUCAAGGAUGAGAGGUGUAGUAACAUCCACAAACAAAACGAUUUUAUCUACAAUGAGUAAAAACAUUUAAAGUUUUUAGUAAGUGAAUCUUACUUUUAAAUAGUUUUUGAUAUUAUCAUUUUAAGGGACGGGUCUGUUUUCGGGGGUUGAUUUGGAUCUUUCAUAUAUGUAAAUAGUCUUUAGAAGUACUAGAAAUGAACAAAAAUUGCAUAAUUCCUUCAAAAAUACCCUUAACUAGGUAUUUCUUUUAUUUCUAUUUAUGUCUUUUCUAUGUACGAUAAAGUCUCUGGAAAAGACGAAUAGUCUUUUUUACUUUGUUAAACGCUAAUUUCGAUGGUGAGCUGUGAAUACUGAAUAGCUUAGCUAGAAAUUCAGGUACAAUUGGUCUAACGGAUGUCUUUUUUUUCAUGGAUUGAAUAUCAAAGAUUCCUUCAUCUUUCAUACACACAAGGAUUAUGUUUUAUUUUGUAAUCUGUUUAUCUUUCAAUUAUUUUAUACUUUUGUUAUAAAAUUGUUUUAAUACUACGCCACUAGGUAACUUUCUUUGAUGUUUUACAACAAUAAAUGUGUUAUGUCACUAUAAAUGUGUUAUGUCACUAUAAAUGUGUUAUGUCACUAUAGUAUUUUGUUUAUAAUUAUUUUUAUUGUUUUAUUGUCUCAUACACUAUGUCAUAUUAUUCUCUGCAGUAUUGUCGUUCCACUUCUUUGUUUAUAUAUUUUGAGCGUAAUAAAAAUUAUAGCCAAGUAU